AUGUCACCAUAUAGUAACGAAAAAGUCUUAGAGACUAUUGCUAGUAAUCAUGAAUUAUCACAUUCAAAUUCAUCUUCUUCAUCGAUCAAAGAACACUCUUCAGAAGAGAAAGUCUCUUCUUUUACCUCAUCUGUAGAGUUAGAUUCUGAUAGAGAUGUUGAUGUUGCCGCUAAAUUCUUACGUGAAAAUAAAGAUGAAAGGAUUUCGAUGUCUGAAGAUAAUAAUGACUCAGAAGGUGCAAUCUUUUAUGGAUCUCAUGAACUUCCAAAGAAGACUUUGAGAAAAUUAGAUAUGUUUGUCUUACCUUUCUUAUGUAUGACAUAUCUUUUAAUGUUUUUAGAUAAAGCUUUAUUGAAUUAUGCUGCUUCAAUGGGUAUUAAGGAUCAUUUGAAAGGUAAUGAUUUUGCUAAUUUAAGUACUAUCUUUGGUGCUUCUUAUAUAUUUAUGGAACCUUUGGUUACCUAUUUAAUCCAAAGAUAUCCAAUUUCUAAGAUUCUAGGUGCUUUUAUUAUGACUUGGGGUGCCGUAUUAGCUUGUCAUUGUGCUUGUAAAAGUUAUGCAUCACUAAUGAUUGUAAGAACUCUAUUAGGUAUGUUUGAAUCGUCAAGUGCUGUUGGUUGUAUCGCCAUCAGUGGUAUGUACUAUACAAAAGCUGAACAAAGUGCUAGAAUUGGUUUCUGGGCCACUCAAGCUGGGACAGGUUAUAUUGUCGGUGGGUUAAUCUCAUUUGGGUUCCAACAUUAUCAUGGUAAAGAUUUCACUUCAUGGCAGAUUAUGUUUUUAGUGGUUGGCUUAUUUACUGUUGCAUUCGGUUUAUUAACAUUUUUCUAUUUACCUGAUAAUGUCACUAAUGCUUGGUUUUUAAAUAAAGAAGAAAAAUUACAAGUCGUUGAACAUAUUAGAAGUAAUCAAACUGGUUUAGAGACAAAGAAAUUCAAAAUGAGCCAAGUUAAAGAAUUGUUCUUAAAGGAUAAACUUACAUGGCCAAUGUUAUUCAUCACCACUGCAUCUCAAAUUUGUACUGGAGCUAUCGGUACCUUUUCAGUAACAAUUACAGCUACUUUUGGUUUUGAUAGUUAUGAAACCGCUUUAUUACAAUUACCUAUCGGUGCCAUUACAGCAAUGAUCAUCAUCAUUACCACUCAAAUGAUAUCUCGUUGGGGGAAUAUCACUUUGAUUACAACGUCAAUGUAUAUCCCUGCUAUUAUUGGUGCUAUAGUAUUAAUUUCACUACCUUUAUCUCAUAAAGUUGGUAAUUUAUUAUCGCUGUAUCUAUUGUACAGUGGGUCCUGUGUCAUUACAAAUAUUUAUAUUUGGAACUCAUGUAAUACUUCAGGUUAUACAAAGAGAGUCUUCAGGAAUGCGAUCACUAUGAUUUUUUAUAACGUCGCUUGUAUCAUCGCCCCACAAAUGUUUAGAGCUAACCAAGCCCCAAGAUAUGUUCCUGCUAAGAUUGGUCUUUUAGUUACUCAAUGUGUUUGUAUUCCAGCUCAAUUAUAUGUCGGAUAUCUUUGUAAGAAAGAAAACCAACAAAGAGAUAAAGAACAAGAGGGUCAAAAGAAGGAAAAAUACCAAUUCUUAGAUAUGACAGACAUCGAAAAUAGAAACUUUAGAUACAUCUAUUAA